GGUGGGAAUCUCACUUUUGAAUAGAAGUCCUGAAUCUUCUUAGCUUUGGCGACACUUUUAUCCUCUAUGGAAGCUUAGAGGGCGGAGGCAGUGCAGUGCAGGGAGAAGUGAGUGACUGAAAACGGGGGAACGUUGUGGCUGGAGAAGAACGAGAAGUAUUCCAAGAGAGGCUAUUAGAAAGAAAAACGGAGGCGACUGGAGAGAAAAUGCUGCUGGGGUGGAACGGGAAGAAACACUGCAGAGAAGAGUGGCCAUCUAGGAAAGUUGUUUAGAGAACCUCGUGUUAUUCCCCAGCCGACUGAUCGGUGCCACCUUUAGAAGAAGUGCUGGGAGACUAGAAGACAAGACGGUUGGAAGAAAAAGAUAGCAUCCUGUUUUUCCAAGAUGGAUGAGCAGGAAGCCACAGGACCUGGUGCUUGGGAAAGGAUGGAGGGUCUUCCCAAAGCCCCAGUGGCUGCACAGAUGAGUGGCUCUGAAGAGCUUCUGAUGGAGGCCCCAUCACAUCAUGUGAAGCAGGAACCCACCGAAGGUUUGCAAGACCUCUGGGAGACCCAAUGGCAGGAGUUCCUCAGGACCCUGCAGGCACCAGACUUGGAGUGUGGGACUUCUCAGAUGUCCGAACGGUUCAGUCCCUGGGAAGAUGCCAGAGCUUUCUUGGCCUCCUUUGAACAAGUGGCAACUGCUUGCCGAUGGCCUCGGGACAAGUGGGUGACCUUUCUCCGGCCAGCCCUGAGCGGAGAGGCCGAGCAAGCCUUCAGCGGCCUCCAUGCUCAAGAGAAGGCAAACUACGAGAAGGUGAAGGCAGCCAUCUUGGAAGAAGAGGCCGCCGCCCGGGAGAAACAGCGCCAGCAUUUCCGGCAGCUCCGCUACCAGGAUAUGGAAGGGCCGAGAGGCAUUUAUGGGCAACUACGAGCGCUCGGCUGCCGGUGGCUGAAAAUCGAGAGACACACCAAGGAUGAGAUCUUGGAACUGCUGGUCCUGGAGCAGUUUCUCAGCAUCCUGCCGACGGACAUGCAAAUUUGGGUCAGGGAACGGAAACCUGGCAGUUGCACCCAGGCGGUGGCCAUGGCUGAGGACUUCCUGUUGAAGCAGGAAGAGGCUGAGAAACUGGAACCAAAGGUGCCACCUUCAGAGGAGGCUAUGGAACCUUCUGAGACAGGACAAGCUCUGGAUUACUGGGCUGCCCAGCUCAGCAGAGACAGCAAGGAAGGCGAGAGCAAGGAGGCAACAUGGCUGAGUGAUGAGCAGGUGUGGGGGAAAGAGACGAACUCCAUUCAUCCCAAAGGACAAGAACAAGCAGAUCCCAAGGAUGUUUCUCUGGAAACCAACAAGGAUUUCCAAUAUUGUAAGAACGGUGCAACCUUCGACGAUCCGAGCGAAAGUGGGAAUGUGCCAGAAAUGGGUCAUGAAAAGAGGGUGGACCCCUCUAUUUUCUGUGUUGAUGAUCUGGACGGUGCUCCAGAACAGCAGAGGUUCCUGGGCGACGAGGUACAGCACACCAAAUUGGACCACAGAGGGAACUUUGGACAAAGCUCGGAUCUUCUCCCACAUCACAGUACAGAUAUGGCCGAGAAGUCAUAUCCGUCUUCACAGGCCAGUAGCAGCUUGAUGUCAACCCAGGUCUUUAUAACCCAGCGGGGUGUUUACACGGGUCUGGGAAGCACAAAAUGCCCCCACUGCGAUCAGUGCUUCAACUCUGCUUCAAGUUUGAAGGAGCAUUUGAGCAUCCAUGGUGGAGAGUCUUCGUUUAACUGCCGUUAUUGUGGAAAAAACUUUGGAUCCCGUUCAAUCUUACGAGAGCAUCUCCGAGCGCACGCGGGAGAGAGGCCGUACCGAUGCCCGGACUGCGGAAAGAGUUUCAACAAGAAACACUACUUGACCAUCCACGAGAGGCUGCACAGCGGAGAGAAACCGUACAAAUGCGUUCACUGCGGAAAAAGCUUUCCGGAAAGAUCCCGGCUUCUCAUCCACGAGCGGAUCCACACGGGCGAAAAUCCCUUUGUUUGCUUCGAGUGCGGGAAGGGCUUCAACCAGAAGGGGAAUCUCAUGACUCACAUAAGGCUGCAUACGGGAGAAAAACCCUACAAAUGUGCUCUCUGCGAGAAGCGGUUCAGUCAAAAGGCAGGCCUUAGUGCUCACGAGAAAACCCACGUAGGUCUGAAAAGAACAUUUUAAUACAGGCCGCUGAGCCUGGUGCCUCAAGUGGAUGAAACUUGGUUUGGAGCUGGGGUAGGCCACCUUGGCUCUUUUAUGACUUGCGGACUUCAACUCCCAGAAUUCCUGAGUCAGCCAUGCUGGGGGGAAAGGGAGAG